UUCUCGUCGUUUUAUAUCAUAACCCUAUAUUAUACACGGUGUGUAAAAUUACAAUUAUGUUGACUGUAUAGUACUGUGCCAAGUGUUGGAUGUAUGAUUAUGAAGUGCAUGUGUGUGUGUCAGUGAUGUUUCAUACAUAAAUGUACUUACAAACAAAUACUCGUUUGGUGCGGAUUCUAACCCAGGAUGUGCUUCACAUAAUGUUUGCGGACCACAUUCGCAUGCUUGACGCAAUAUGAAUGUCAGAAAGAGUUUGGACGUGAGGCUGAUCGCCUUAUGCACAACCUGCCUCCUGCUGCCCGCCAUCGCCUGCCCCUCACAAUGUAUAUGCAAGUGGAAGAACGGUAAAAGAUACGUCGAGUGCUCAGAAAAAGAUCUCAAAACAAUCCCAAACUCACUUGACCCAGAAACACAAGUACUAGACUUCACAGGAAACGACUUGCAAGUUUUACAAAAAGAGACCUUCCACAAAUUAAACUUGCUCAAUCUUCAAAAAAUCUACCUACCAAGAUGUAGGUUGCAAAAGAUCGAUAACCACGCGUUCAAAGGUCUCGCGAACCUCGUUGAGUUGGAUCUCUCUAACAAUUACUUGACAGUCAUACCGUCGACCAACUUUGUUUUCUUCCCGUCGCUAAUGAGGCUCUCACUCAACAACAACCCAAUAACGAGCAUAAAAACUCACUGCUUCCAACAUUUAUCGUAUUUGAAUACUUUGGAAAUGAGUGAUUGCAAAAUAGAGACAAUAGAGAGAGAUGCUUUUUCCGGACUCAACCACCUGGAGUGGCUGCGACUGAACGGCAACCGACUAUCAAAUAUUCAAGGUGAAAAUUUAUUCCCCGAUACGCUGCGAGGGAUCAACUUGCAAAAUAAUAAUUGGAAUUGUGAUUGCCAUCUCAGGGAUUUACAUAGUUGGUUGUUGAAUUUCAAUAUGCCGCACGCCGUUGAACCAAUUUGCUCCCUCCCUGAACGUUUGAGGAAACGGACGAUCGCGAGCGUCACGGAAAACGAGUUGGCAUGCGUACCGAAAAUGAGCCCUACGUCCGUGUUCUUAGAGACUAACGUCGGUAAUAAUAUAACCCUCGAAUGCUUAGUGAAAGCGAUACCCGAAGCGAAAGUAACGUGGUUAUAUCAGGGCCAGAUCAUUCAUAAUUAUUCGAGCAUGUUACCGGACGUUCGCGAUCUGUAUUAUGUGGAGAACGGCGUUACGGAUAAAAAGAGCGAAUUGUACAUAUUCAACAUUGGGAACGACGGGAACGGCACGUACUCAUGCAUCGCAGAGAACCCCGCAGGCAGGUCGCGAGCGAACUACACAAUACGAAUACUUGUGAAGGAGGAGCCCGUUGUGAUAGUGGUCACGUUCCCACAGAGACAUCUCGUAGUUAUAGUCACUGUAGUCUUUCUUAUUAUUAUCCUACUUAUAGCCAUAAUCGCCGUAGUGUUAUUAAAGUUUAAAACAGACACCCGCAGUCGCAAGAAAAAAGAAAGUGGCAAGGAUGUAGCGUUAUGUAAUCAAAUUCUACCUUCGAACCGCGGGAACGGGAUGCCUAAAAAUAAUGGCAGCGUCAUUGUGAACGCGCACUCUCAUCACGCGCUGCACUAUACGGUACAAACAAACCGUGAUUACGACUCAACCGACGUGUAUCAAAGCAAUAACAUGAAAGGCUUUGUCGACAGGAACCCCGACCUAAUUAGCGACGCGGAAACUGUAGCUAACAAUGCGCAAAACGAGAACACAGUGUUAUCAGUAUACAAAGCGCAAACCGCGGGCGGGGACAGCUUCCAAGAGGAAACCGCAUUCACCGCGCCGACAAUACCCCGGCAGGUCACGUGGCAGGAUCAACAGACCAUCAACAUGCCGCAGAACACGAUCAACAACAUGUACCAGCACUCGGCGGAUGUUCACCUGAAUCCAGGAUGCUUCCUCGAUAACGAAGGCUACCCGUACGACUACGGCCUGCCCAAACAUCCCUGCCGACCGCCAAUAAUGUCCAACUAUUCGGUAGUCGGUCCGUUUUAUCAGACGCUGCCACAUAAUCGACCCAAAGGGCAGAAGCUUGUUUGUAAAUUCGCAAAAGAUACAGAAUUUAACGCGCCCACGCCACCCGCUUGUCCCAAUUUCGAGUUGCCGUUUGGGCCAGGAAAUGUGCGGCGUACUUUAGAAGGGUACCCUGUACCGAGGAAUAGGCAGAUCGCAUUUGUCGGCAACGGUACGGUGUAUUACAACGAGGAGUUCGUACCGUCUCCACCAGAGGGCUACAAGACGGAACCAGUGCAGUGUUGUGCGCCAGCCGAGGCGUGUAGUUCGUGGGUGAACCCGAAGGGUACGUGUGCAGUGAUGGUGCCGAUGAGUGUGGCGGAGGGGCCGGGUCGGUGCUACCAGGUCGAAACCCGGUGCGUGGACACACAGACCACGGACGCUCGGAUGCCCGGCGAGGGCACCGAGAGUGUGCUCAAACCUUUACCGCAAGUGUCUAACGCGAAGUGUGCCGCUGACAUAUGUUCGGAAAGCCCCGAUGAGGGUUACGUCGGUGACGCUAACGACAUCUGACGACGACGCCAGACCGAUAACGCUUAAACAGGGCAAUUUAGACGCUAACAAAGUGAUAAAGCGACUGAGUAUAAAGUAGUUUUGUAAAUAUAUGAGCUCGCGGCGGCGGCGAAUGAAGGCGGAACUCCAUUACUUAGCGAACGAUCCUGUUUGAUCCCUGUUUUGCAAUUUUGUAUAUUUUAUAGAGUAAGUCCGUUUAAAGCCGCCUUUGUUCGACAGUCGUCGGUAAAUGGUUAAAAUAAUAUCAUUAUCAACAUUUUAGUGUUUUCCAAUUAUGUGCAAGAAACAAGCCUGUAUUUUCUAUUACUAAUGGAAUGCUAAUAGUUGUUUUCAUUGUAAUCUGUUGAUAUUAAUUCGCGAAAUGUUAUAUUUACACUAAAACAAUAUUUUCUGUGCAAUCUAUACGCGUGUAUUCUAUUACGUAACAUUUUGUAACACAACAUUCCACGCUUGCAUAUUUGUUGUUAUAAAUUCCAAGAGAACAACAGAAGCGAAUACAUUUAGCAAUAAUUAGAAUUGAAAACAUGUGUAAUUAAGGAAAGGAGAGCGUUUAACGUAACAUUUGAAACAACAAAUCAUUUUAAAUUGAACAAAAACAAAGUAUACUUAACAAAAUGCCACAUAACACUAUAACAUUUUCAUUGGAACUUAUGAUAAAUAAUAUGUAUAACCAAUCUCGGAAUUGUUAUAGACAUAAUUAUUAUAAAGGGUGUAAAAGGACCGCUCCCGCAACGCUGAUAAAAAGAAAUUUAUUGUUUUCACAAUUCGGUAGUUUCCUGGGUAUAAAAAUUAAAAAUUAAAUUGUCCG